AUGGUUCGAAGACAAGAUCCCACUGCUCUCUUCUUAGCCGAGACUUGGGCAGGAGAAGAACGUUUGAAACGGCUAUGUAGGGAGCUCCUCUUUGAUCAUUUUUGGAUUGUUCCUCAGGUUAACAAAACCGGUUGUUUAGCUCUUUUUUGGAAAAAAUCGGUCCACAUUGAGGUAAUUUCUUCCUCCCCCAAUCAUAUUGAUACAAUAGUUGGUAGUAUCCUUGAAAAUCAGUGGCGUUUUACUGGUAUGUAUGGGUUUGCGGAAGCAGCUAGAAAACCAGAAACUUGGUCCUUGAUCAGGUCCUUACAUCUUUCUGUUUCCCUUCCCUGGCUAUGCGCAGGGGAUUUCAAUGAAAUCUUGUGGUCGCAUGAAAAAUUGGGUCUCGGUCCAAGAAAUGAAGGCUGUAUGAAGGCUUUCCGCGAUACACUUGACGAAUGUGGGCUGAAGGACCUGGGAUAUCGGGGAGAUAAAUUCACCUGGAAGGGUAGAAGACAGGGUGGUAUGGUGUUUGAAAGGCUCGACAAGGCAGUAGCCAACAACCAGUGGUUCUUCCUAAACCCGGGCUCAGUGAUUCACCAUCUUAAUACCCACUCCUCAGACCAUAAACCAAUUGUUAUCUUCCCGGAUGGUAUAAUCCCGAAUUUGAAUAGGCCUUUCAAAUUCGAAAAAAUGUGGCUAAGUGACGGGGGCUGUAGCCGGACUGUGAAGGAUGCCUGGGGCCCCUCCUCUCCAGAUGCUUCAAUGGCCUUGAUUGCAGGUAAAUUAAAAAAUUGUGGUGAUAAAUUACUCGCUUGGAGUCGCCUCUCUUUCGGUAACAUUAAGAGAUCGAUUGAGUUGAAUUCGAAGAAGCUUAACAGAGCCGAAAUAGCAGCUGCUGAAGGUAGGGGUGAUGCAAAUUUAAUUUGGUCUUUGAAAACGGAGCUGAACAACUUGCUUGACAAAGAAAGUCAAAUGUGGCACCAACGGUCAAGAAUUCUGUUUUUGAAGGAGGGUGACCGUAAUGCUAAAUAUUUCCACAGCAAAACCUCACAGAGAUUUCGCAGAAACAGGAUCUUGGGUUUAAGAAAUGAGGCAAAUACCUGGUGUUCGGAGGACUCCCAAAUUAAGGAGAUUGCAACCCAAUACUACCAUACUCUGUUCUCCUCCUCACAACCCACAGACUUUAAUAGUAUUCUAGAGGCCAUUCAUCCAUCAGUUACACAGGUGAUGAAUGACCAACUCCUUCGACCCUUCUCUCGGGACGAAAUUGAGGCUGCCAUGAAUCAGAUGGAACCUGCCACUGCCCCUGGCCCAGACAGUAUGCCCCCUCUAUUCUAUCAAUCUUUUUGGUCUAUCAUUGGUGAUGAGAUAUGCUCUGCUGUCCUAGAUUGUUUAAAUAAUUGCAAAAUCCCUGUUGUGAUUAAUCAUACAAAUAUUACAUUGAUUCCAAAAGUGAAAUCUCCAGAGAACAUUACCGAAUUCAGGCCAAUCAGCCUUUGUAAUGUAGUCUAUAAACUAGCUUCCAAAGUCCUAGCUAAUAGACUUAAGGUGAUCUUACCUGCUGUAGUUUCAGAAAAUCAAAGCGCUUUCCAGGCUGGGAGAGUCAUCACAGAUAACGUUCUCAUGGCCGUUGAAACCCUUCACUUCAUGAAAAAUCACCAAUCCGGCAAGACGGGUUUCAUGGCUUUGAAGUUGGAUAUGAGUAAGGCCUACGACCGUGUUGAAUGGCUUUAUCUUGAGAAGAUCAUGAGAAAGAUGGGAUUUGCUGAGAAAUGGGUAGCUUUAAUGAUGGAAUGCGUUACUACGCGUGGUGAGCAGAGGAAAAUCCACUGGGCCAAGUGGAGCUCGCUUUGUAAACCAAAGAGUUUAGGUGGCAUGGGUUUUAGGGAUCUUCAAAAGUUUAACGAUGCGAUGCUAGCGAAACAAGUGUGGCGCCUGCUAGCAUGCGAGGACUCCCUUUUCUACAGAUUUUUCAAAGCCAAAUUCUUCCCUACGGGUACCAUUCUUGAGGCAAAAGAAGGGAAUGGGUCAUUCGCUUGGAAAAGCAUCCUCAAGGGCAGAGGAAUUAUCCAUCAAGGCAUGCUGUGGAGGGUGGGCAACGGUGCAUCAAUCCAGAUCUACCAUGAUAAUUGGCUGCCUGAUCCGAGCCUCAAGAAGAUCAUCUCAAAACCUCUCUUGUUGGACAGCCGGGAAUUGGUAUCUAGUCUUAUCGAUAAUGAGAGGCAGUGCUGGUCACAGGAGUUAAUAGACACGAACUUCUUCCCCUUCGAAGCAGCCAUAAUCAAGGCCAUUCCUCUCAGCUUUGGCAAUUGCUCAGAUGCUAGGUUCUGGCCGCUUAACAGAGAUGGUAUUUACUCCGUCAAGUCCGGGUAUCAUUUGUUGGUAAAUUCGGAAAGUGAUGAGCUCCCCAGGGCCUCUGACCCCUCCAAUGCUAGACGGCUGUGGAAAGGUAUUUGGAAUUUAAAAGUUCCAAAUAGAGUGAAGAACUUAAUGUGGAGAGCGGGGUCUGACUCACUGCCUUCGAAAUCCAAUCUCAGGAAAAGAAAAAUUCCAAUAGAUACUACUUGCUCAACAUGUGGCCUGGAAGUAGAAUCUUUGCUCCAUGCAAUCUGGUCUUGCGCUUCACUAAUACAGGUUUGGAAGGUUCACUUUGCUGAGCUUAUUAAAGAAGUGGGUGAGGCUUCUUGCUUUCUUGAUGUUCUGCAAGUGGGGUUUGAUAAGAGUCACCAUAUGGAUUUAUUUGCCAUGAUUGUUUCACUGAUUUGGACUAGGCGCAACAAACUCCGUGUGGGUGAGGCAGUCACUCCGCUUGCUCUGCUCAACCAGUUGGCGUCUACCAGCCUUCUAGAAUUCCAACAAUCCUCCCUUAACCAUCCAAAAUCUCCCUCCCAUCCAAAGGUCACGAAAUGGCUGCCUCCUCCCCCGAACUGGGUUAAAGUUAACUUCUACGGAGCUACUUUCAUCGAUUCUAACUUUGCUGGUUUGGGAGCAAUUAUUCGCAAUGACAUGGGUCUAGUUAUGGCUGCUUUUACCCAACACAUUCCACUGCCUACAUCCGUAGAGAUGGUGGAAGUAUUGGCAGCCCGGGGUGCCCUCUGCUUUGCAAAGGAUCUCGGCUUCAACUUGGUAAUUGUGGAAGGUGACUCUGAGAUUAUUAUUAAAGCCAUUAAUAGUAAUGGUCUCUCUGCUUCCAGCUUUGGCCACAUUUUGCAGGAUAUCAAAUCGGUCUCCUCUUCGCUUGGAGGUGUUCUCUUCAAACAUACUCGUAGACAAGGCAACUUAGUUGCCCAUAGGCUUGCUAGAAUGGCUUGUAAAUUUGCAAAUUUCCAUUCCUGGAUGGAGGAUGUUCCUCCAGGAAUCAUAGACGCCAUUGCUGUUUUAAAUGCCACUUGUGUGGGCAAUCCUGUGCUGUGUAAUUCUUCCAUUGAAUCUGAGAUUAAAGGUCUAGUCACAGGCACUGCAAAGGAUGCAUUUGUAGUUUCAAACUAUAGCCAUAAAGGAUGGAGGGGUUCUACUUCCUGCAGCAGUCCAGCUAAGAUGAAUCAGAUCGCAAUACUAGAAACUGUCUUUAAUUAUGAGAUAAGUACUUCCAGCUCAGCAGAAAUCUUGAGGAAUAAUUUAACUGGUAGUGUCAGGUUGAAAGAAUUGAAGUGGAGUGAGUUCGACGAUCUUUUUCAGGUUAUUGUCAUUUCGGUCAGUGUCAACCUCAGGUCACUUGUUGGGAAAUUGAAGACAGACAAAGAACAAACAACUCCGUGGAUAAGUUUGGUCAACGUCCAAGCCCUCAACUUCCUCCUAAGGUCCGAAAUCUUUAUGUGUGAGGACGGGCAACUGCGUGCCGUUCCUCUUAUCUUGGACUACGAGCCCCUUUCAUGUGCUUUCGUGGACACCGGUCAAGCCAUCAGGGCUGGAAGUCCCCAAUUAGCUCGCAUCGAUGUUUCUAAACCAGGCUUUCUUGCUCGGAGAGACCUACCUCCCAUCCAAUUGCCUGUUCAGCGCUUUCUUCCAGAGGGAAAGGUAUCAACUAGGCCUGUAGAGCUUUUAGACUCCGGCUUGGACAUAGACCGUUCCUCGGCGGCUCCCACUCUUGGCUUGGUAAUUGCUCAGGUUGAUACUAGCCAAGAGAUUGAAGAAGUGGACAUGGAUUUGAAGCCAAGGUUUGGUUUCAAGGGCCUCUUGUCCAAUAGAAACAAGGGGCAGUCUUUCAGGGAUGCCCCCAAGGAGCAGGCUAUAGCCAAGCUUCCUCCUCUUCUUCCCCCUUCAACUAACCCAGUUACUCAACAAAUCUUUGUAGCUGAGGAGUGGGCCAAGAAAUCUCAUGAAGAUCUGAACACUGAGGUUCAGUCCCGCCUUGCCGCGGAGAAGGCUACCGGAGUCCUCAGGCUGGAAUAG